GGCGAUGGCCACAGCAAGUCCGCACCAAGUGCUCUUUAAACAUGAGUGUUUCUUUAAACAAAGAACCUUCCCGGCAUUGCCUCCCGAGGUCUGAUUAAUGAUGCCCCGGCACCUCCUUCCUCACUCAGGGAUCACUUCCCUGCAGCGCGUUCCCAGACGCAGGCCUCCCUCACGGAGGCGGGAAGAUUUCAGGCGAUGUCUGUGCUUGUCUUUUGUCAGCACGGACAAGGAUGGAGACCCCAAUGGUCAGGCGAGCCCCGCGGUCCCUGUUCCUCACUUCACCACCUGGGGAAGCCUGAUCCCCAUCGAUUCGCAAAGGAACAAGGAAAGAACACAUUUUACCUGGAUGGAUGGUCCCCCUCACGGUGGCCUUGGAACCCGCUUCAGCGGGAGAGGCAGCGCCUCACUCAGGGCUCCCGCUGGCCGCUGCUUUACCCGGGAGCGCCACCCCGUGCCCCGCCAGAGGAAGUGCAAGCGCCAGCACAGCACGGGCCGAAAGCCACACUGUGGGACCCGCAGCGCAGCUCCAAGAAAUCCAAAGUCCAUUCGCAAGAGGAGCUUCUCCGCCAAAUCGUUGAAAAAUAAAACGAGAAAUGAGUCUCCACCGGUAUCCGCUUUAGUCAGCCGUACGAAAACGCAACCCGGUCAGCUGCAUUUCUGCUGCCGGCCCUCCUCCAGUCAAGCACCGGCCUCGAGAAGGGCAAAGGGCAGGUAGGAGUUCCGACGCAUGCGGCCACGGGGCGGAGUCACAGUUCAGAGGCCUCAGCUGAACCUGAAGUUAUCCUAAGCUCGAGCCCCAGAGUGAGGACUCGGGGUCAGGCAUCCGAUUCCCCAUCAGCUCCUUUACUAAAGCUGUGCAGAGAAUCCGAGGCUGUGAGUGGGGGUGGGGGAAAGAUGUACAGGAUGCUUCGGUUUCACUCCUGAGAUACGAGAGCGUCCUCUGAACACACAUGCAGAUAGCUGGGCUUCUAGACAGAGGAAAUCCAAACCGUUUCUUUCCUCCCAGCAUAAGGGAACGAUCCGGUAAGAGCUGGUGUUUAUCGAUGCUACGUGCCAGAAUGGGGCUGAGCACCGCGCCUCACUGUAUCCUGACGUCUGUCUAAUGAGGCAGGGAAUGUCACUGUCACACUCUGCAGACGAGGAAGCCAUGCUGUCAGCAGGUACACAUCUUGCCACAAAACCAGUAACCUGUGGCACUGAGAUCGCACACCGGUCGUCCACUGCCAAGUCCGUGGCCUCCUUCUCUGGGGUUUGCCUGCCUCUUGAUGGCGGCCAUGCCUCUGUCCUCUCACAGGGGCUGGCUCUUCCAGUGGUCACUACUUUUUGGUUGCAAGCAGCAGAGAUUCCCUGGAGGGCUUGUUGAAAGCACUCACAUCAACGGGGCCUCAGAAAGGGAGCUGAGGCCAUGCACGGCGCUGCAGUUUCUCCUCAGGCUUUGGUUUGCAUCCCUGGCCUGACUUUCCCUCAACAAGUCCUGCUAUCUCCACAAGGCGGCCAGCCCAGCCCUGUCCUCCUCACCUUCCAGCCCCAGCUGAGCAGCCCCUCCCCACAUCAUCUUCAGCUGCUGCCCAGGCUCCGCAGAGCAGGUGUCCACCGCCCAUCCAGCCGUUGUGUCUAGAGGGCAGAGCGACCUGCCGGGACCUUGACAACACCUGGCCCCACCCACACGUCCUGCAAUAUUCAGAGGAGUGCACAGCAGCACAUAUGUGCCUCAUGUGUCCUGCUGUGAUGCGCCGAGUGGCACACAGCAUUAUUGUGUCAAUCAUGUGUCUUGAUGUGAUGCACUGGUUCCGACAGUAUCAUGGAUGCAGUGUUUCUUUAAAACUGUCAAAUUUGAGGAAACAAUCUAACAAAAGCCAAUUGAUGAAUAUUCUGUAAAGGUGACAUAAAUACUUCAAAAAUGUCUCUGACAUAGAAAGAAAAAAACAAAAAGGGAGCUAUUCCAGAUUUUAAAAAUAAAAGAUAUA